UCAAUGGAAGAAGGUUAUCUUUUAGAGGAGUGCUUGACAUUUUGUUCAAGAUAUAUGGAUGAUGUAGAAACAAAAUUCAACAAGCAAGAUAGAAUUUAUGAUGAUGAUGGUGAUGAUGAUAUUAGUUCAACUGACUGCCUUCCUAUAUUCGGGAUAAGAGGUAGAGCAUUUGGGAAGGAAAAUCCUCGUUUACUUAGUACAAAGGAAUGGGAAGAAAUUCACUAUUAUGUGUUGAACAAUUGUGAAGAAGUGCAACCAUUCAUCGAUGAGUACAAUCGCGAUGCGACAAAUGCCACGGGGAUGGUUUCUUCACGUAAAAGAAAAUUCAUUCAAUGGUUUAGAGAUCAAGUCACAACAUUGUCUAAGAGAAAACAUCCAAGUGCUACCAAUAAUUUAAUAUCAUUAGCACAAGGUCCAGAUCGUGCGGUGGUGUCUGUCAAUGGAUACAUGGUUAAUGGGUCGAUGUAUCGCACUAAGGACAGUGAAAGGGAGAGAGAAACACAAAAUAACGGCGUUGUUGUGAAGGGAGAAAGUGGAGCUUCAAAUCUAGAAUAUUACGGCCUUUUGCAAGAAAUCAUAGAAGUUCAAUAUAUUGGACGAAAUCGGGUCAUUUUGUUCAAAUGCGAUUGGUGGGAUGUUCAUACCCAAGGCCAAGGGAUCAUUACAGAUUCUUUUGAGUUUGUAAGCGUCAAUACCUCAAAAGUGUUGGCUAAUGAUCCUUACAUUUUAGCUUCUCAAGCUCAACAAGUGUUUUAUGUCGAUGAUGUUGUGAAGCCCAAUUGGAAGGUUGUAGUUAAGACUACACCAAGAAACUCCUAUGAUGUCCCGGAGCUAAAUGAAUAGAACGAAGCUGAUUAUAUGCUCGAUAAAU